ACUCUGGGCUUGUUUCCAAGGCGAUGCCUGACCUGCGGCCUAAGGCAGGGCUGCACGUUCUUUGACGCUGACGUCAGCCCAGACUCCCAGCAUGCAAUUCUACGAUGCAAAGGUCCUGGAGUUCCUUCGCUUCUGCUGCUGAUCUUCGCUGACGUCCCCUCCUAUUUUAUUCUGGAGGACAACCUGCCACUGCGGUCGGCAUUGGAGAGCAGACAGAGAGUCCAAUCAGAGACCAAGAUGAUCUCACAUGACCACUUUGAGCUGGCUGUGAGGCUGACCUAUCCCUCCGACUUUUCCACCUCCUACCUCUACGGCCUCCUCCUGAUGGUUGAAAGCCCCCCAGGGGGGCAGGGCGUGUCUGAUGAGUUCCGGCUGGGCUUUGAUUGGCUGCUGGCGUCCUCCGAGCAGGUAGUCGUGGCGCGGGUCGAUGGCCGAGGGUCGGGUUUCAGAGGUCAAAGAUUUCUGCAUCAGAUCCAUCAGAAGCUGGGAACAGUUGAUGUACAGGACCAGCUGGCUGCACUAGAAUAUCUUGGGAAACUGCCCUACAUCGACCAAAGACGCGUGGGAAUCUACGGCCAGGGCUACGGCGGCUACGUGGCGCUGGAGAUGCUGAAGGCCGCAGGUCCGGACCAGCCUGUCCAUUGUGCUGCCGUCCAGGCUCCGGUCAUUGACUGGUCCAUGUACGGAAACACACCAAGUCCAGUGUUUCCCACAGAAUAGGUAGCAAUGUGUGGUGCCCCCCUGGUGCCAGUGGGGGAAUCGAGUGUCGGGGUGCCGUGGCGGUCGGUGGAGUCGGUCAUCGGGGUGUAUGCAGAGUGUGUGCAGCGGGUGGCGUGCAAACACACACUUUCUGAAGCUGCCAUGUUAAAUAUACACCUGUAUGCUUAUCUAUUGUCACCUGAUGAGACAAUUUUAAAGCUACAAGAAGAAUUUGAAAUUAUACAGCUCAAUCUUAAUUCUUUAAAGUAAGUUCUUUAAGAGAAAACAACUAAAAUCGUGUUUACAAGAACCCUGCCUGGUUUCAUUCCUAGCCCCAACUCCAUACAUUACCUGGCAGGCCAGUAGAAUUAAUUUGCUCACACGAAUACCUGGACUUUAUGUUGGAGGAAGACCUGACUUUUAAGUUUCAUGUUGAGAAUUACUCACCAAAAUUGUUGUUAAAGUUUAGUUUUACCAUUUUUUUGGCCAAUUUUAGUGGCAAUCUUUAGAUUCUGUGCCAUUCAAGGUAUUGUAUUUACUGUAUUUAACUUUUUUGGU